CGGGCUCGGGGUCUGCUGCCCUUAGACGUGAUUCGACUCGAACGGACUAACUGGGUUGUUCAUGAGGCGGUGGAUAGCCUCAACGGGAUUAUUGAACUGAUGUCUGAGCCGUUCAAACACCGGCAGCUAUCGGGCAUGCGGUGGCCAUCUCAUUAGAUGCUUGGCCUGCCAUGCCCGCAUCGUGUAGCAAGCCUCAAAUGAGCCGGCCCGCUGAGUUCGUGAAGCCCGCCUUGGAUCCGAUGGUGUCGGGCUCGACUGGCCAUGGUCUGAGUUGGUCUCGUUUGUUGCGGAAUUGGCGUCGCCGUCCCUGGUCCGAAGGUCAAGAUGUGCUCUUGUCCGGGCCAGACGACGGGUUGCUAUACUUUGGCAUCGUGGUUGAGACCGAUGAGGACACCCUCCAAUGUUUGGUACGUUUUGGAGAUGGAACAGAACGUUGGAGUCCGUUUUACCAUUUGCGACGGCUGGGGGAACCCGAAGAAGUAAUCGAUCUAACUCUAGCCGAUGAAACUGAGGACUGUCCAGACGAAGAGGACACGCUAGGACCACCGAAACUCGUGCCACAAGUCUUACCAGCCACCUUAUCUUCUUCUCCACUGCCCGCUCCACCACCAGAUCACGAUGAAGCAAAUGAUCUCUUGCCUUUGAAGAAGCCUCGUUUGCGUCCCAAAAACAGGCCGGCUCCUUGGCCCGCCCACGUGCUUGACGCCCGUAAGGCCUUACCCUACGAUUUUGACCGCCUAAAGUGGGAUCAAAAUCACGCUCGGAACGACGAUCAGCGUUACUGUUAUUGCGGCGAGUCCGGAGAUUGGUAUCGCCGAAUGUUUCAGUGCGCGGAGUGUCGUCAGUGGUUUCACCAAGAGUGUCUACGUAAAUCAUCACCACCCGUUUUGUUGGGCGAUGGUUUUUUUGAAUUCGAGUGCGCCUUAUGUACCGGUAAACCCGAAGAAAUCCUCGAGCGCCUUGAUGUGAGCUGGGCUGAAGCACUACACUUGGUCUUGUUCAAUUUGACACUGGCUAAUAGUAAGCGAUAUCACGAUUUGGACACGGCCAUCAUUCCACUGUUUCGACGUAAAUGGAAAUGCUUGCAAGGGCCAGGAUUGUGCCUCAAACCCGGUCGUAUUGAACAUUCUUUUCUACAUAAUGUGCUGAGGGGACACAAGGCCCGAUUUAAAUGUGGAUCAGAAAUUAAGAAACGCUCGACAUUCUGGGGUCUUCGCAAAGUGUUACCACCGGCAGUUCCCAACAAAUUGGGAGGUGAUGGUCCCUUCGUCAACUUUAAGCUCAACCUCGAAGGGUUGCCCAGGGGUAAGGCUUCUAAACGUCAUUGGGCCCCGCAAAGGUCAAAAGCACCCACGACACGAUACCCCACCCCAGGAGAAAGGGGCAGGGUUGUUUGUCCCUCAUCCACCAUUCAGCGUAAACGUGGGCGUCCCGCCCGUCAAACUGUCGAAACAAUGGACCCCGAUAGCGAUGACACGUCUUCCACUACCCGAGGCACCUUGGAUUCAUUCAUACCCCCGCCCAAAGACUUUAAAGGGCCCAACCAUCCAUUUCGAGACCUCGAACUUGAAUCGUUCAAUUCGGCUCGAAAUAAGUUAGGGACUAAUAAUGAGGAGGAUGGGACUUCAGUGCCCACCUCUUCCACCCAUUCUUCCCCUUCGAGCUUAGAGCCUUUGGAAAUGUACAAAUCCAAGCGAUCCCAUCCGCAUCGUAAUGGUAACAUCGGUCUUCUGGAGACGAUUGAUAACUGUGUGGCUACUAACUCGGCCACUUCUUCGCUUUCUUUCCCAUUGGCCGGCCUAAAUGGGUUGGGAAGCAAUGGCAACGAAUUAGCUCGAAGUCUGUUUGCGCCUCAGCCCGCCUUGUCGAACUGUUUGUCAGUGGAGGGCCGUAGUACUGCCUCCGGGCCCAAAUUCCUAACCGAUCUCAAAUUAUCCCUCAAUAGCUAUUUCGGCGCCGAAACUCGCAUUACCAAAGGAGAGAGAUUCAACGUGAAUGCUCGAAGACUGACCCUGGACGGAGAUAUCCAAUACCUGAUAGAAUGGGAACAUCCUCAUCCCAUGUCUCCGACCUUAGAGUCCCGCCAUAACUCGUCGUCAUUAGCCAAUAGUGACCACCAGCAGAGUAAAUUCGUAUCCUCCAACUUGAGGGAAACACUUCUCCAACAACAGUCAGCGGAGAGUUAAUGAAUUCAAUGGCAUACCCAAUCCUUUGCUUUCUCUGUCAAAGGAACAUGUAGUCGAAUUCUGCUGAUCCGGUCUCUAUGUACUGUAUUUCUCACUUGCUUUUGACGGUUUCAAGCUCAUAAUUUGCAUUAUGAUCGUGAGAAGUCUUGAGAAAAGCGAACAAACGUUAGAGGAAAAGUGCGUAAAGUACACCUCAUCGGUCAGCAGAAUUUGAAUUUGUUUUUUGUUCCACCAAAACUCAACAGUAACCUAUUCUAAUUGGUGUUCAUUAGAUAUCAGUCAUAGAAGGCUUGAGCCAUACCUAGAUGGUUCGUGUCAAACUUGUCUCAGUAUUUCCGUCGCUCGCCAAUGUUCUCAGUAAUUUUUAUUUAGGUUUUAAAUAUUGCCAUGGAUACUUGAUUGAACUCUAGAAUCUUACAUGUUCUUCACUGCCAAAAGAGCGAGUUGGGUUUUAUCAACAUCAGACAAGAGUGUUGCGAUCAAUUGUUUAAAUGUAUUGUCAACUCUUGAAUCACUGCCACCUUUCGAAUUGAACAAUCAAUAUUAUGAUUACUAUCCUGAGAGCCCGUUAACUCGACAAGUUACUGAAAGUGGCCAGUCCUUAUCUCACUUCAAAUAUAUAUAUACUAAAUAUGA